GGACUUCCCCAUGUCUUGUCAGAGAACGCGACCAGGAAAUACAGUUUAUAAAUGAAGUCGAGACACACACACACACACACACACACACACACUGCCGCUGGACUACAUUAUACACUGAAAGAACAGUCUUUUGGAUAUCAUGGCGGCCAAAGUUUCUGCCUUCAUCCUGACGCUUUCAACACUAUGGGGAUCCAGAGUGGUGUCGGGAGUCCUCAGCACACCCACAAACGUGCGCUUGACCUCCUCUAACUUGAAUCUGGUGCUGAGGUGGGAUCCACCUGACCCCCCAGUCAGCGGCCUGCUCUACACAACCGAGUACAGCUCCCCCACCCAAGACUACAAAGUGGGCUGUGCGAACAUCUCCACCCUUGAAUGUGACCUGACCAACUUCCCGAACUCCAUAUUUAGGUAUGGAAAGUAUACAGGGAGAGUUCGGGCGCAGCUGGGGACCAAUAGCUCCGCCUGGAUGGGAAGCAACCAGAUUACCAUGGACAGAGAUUCCAUCAUUGGUGCGCCUAAUGUCUCUCUCUUCGCCAACGGGGCUUCUAUCGAAGUCAGCAUCAAAGAUCCAGUGUUCAGGAUCUCUGAACUCCGAAGUGUUUACCACCUGGCCACUUACAACAUCACCUACUGGAAGGCCGGCCAGAAGGAAAAGGCCCAAAGCAGCAGCACGCUGCAAAAUCGGGUGGUUCUUAACGACCUGGCCCCCUGGACCAAGUACUGUGUCCAAGUCCAGAUCAACACCGGGAGGAACCCCAACCACAGCGUGCCCAGCGCGGCUGUUUGUGAGAGCACCGACAACGAAGAAGAGGCACCCUGGGUGGCAGCGGUGGUGACGUUUGUCGUCAUGGCGACGGCAGUGGCCGUGGUGGCGGCCGCAGUCGUGUAUCGGAAACGCAUUUCCAACUUUCUAUGCCCAAAGGAUGCACUGCCUCAGCACUUUAAAGAGUACCUGCUGGCCCCUCCCAACUCGUCCAUGUACCUAGACAUGCGAAACUCCCGUCCACCUAAGGAGGUCUUUGACCCGGUCAGCAUCGUGGCAGGCGGCGGCACCCUGGAGGAGGGGCUCCCUCUGGAGGCAUCAGGGACUAGCUGCAGCAAACAGCCCGACACCACAUAGAGACAUGCUGGGAACACUGGAACAAUGAAGACGUCGGGACUGUUGGAGAUUACCAGCAGGGACGACCGCAAAGACACCGAGAAACUGGGAAAUAAUCGAUUCUUGUUUGAUUUAAGAGGGUUAGAAACAGAGA